CACGAAUUGUUUUUCUUGACCGGCCACCUCCAGCAAUACCCACGUAUGCCAAGCAAGAACCUCAGAAACUACCGAACUUCGACACACUGCGUAUUAUUUCCUAUCCAACGACUAUGUCCCUACAUCAUUUCCGAGAUACUUGGAUGGUGCUCGCCAGCUGACUUGGUAAUUAUCGGGGGAUUAUCCAAGAAUUUUAAAGCUUUCUUGGAUAGUAAACCUCACGGAUCGUUAUGCUGGAAAUGCGCUCGAGCGAACAUUGCUGAUCUGCCUCCUCCGCCAUCGCUUUCAGACUAUAAUCUCAACGAACAUGCCUAUGCCGCCUUUCUUUUCAAUGCAUCUCAGAAGCCUUGUAUCUGCUGCGGGCAACCUACAAACGGAAAAUUCCUUGUCAUCAUGUAUAGAGUGUACCUUUGUGAUCGAGUUUCUUGCGCGAAACAAUUUGAAUCAGAGGACCGGGGAUAUGUGUUUUCUUAUUAUCAGGACAAGGGAUGCACCCGCAUAUAUGCGCCAAUACUGCCCGUUUUGCCGUACAAUCUUCCCAGCGGACGGAAGCUUUUCAUUGUUCGGCAUGCCAAGCAGGAGCUGAAAGAAUAUCGACGAGUUACGGCUGCUAGCGAGAAGGAAGUUCGGGAUGAGCAGCGGCACCUGAAGAGGAUACGACGACAUCAUUUAAAUAAUCAUUCGGCAGUGUUGUAUACCUGGAUGGCCCGACAUCGGAAACACGCCAGCCGAUGUGCGAAGACUAAACAAAGAAUUCUUGAAAGCGGUAGCGCAGGCCGAGAACCUCAGAGCUCCAGCUAUCCUCGCAUCACCGACUGCGCGCCAAAUGCUCAAUGCAUUCAGUGAUUCCCUGACUCUUUUGACCUCGACUGGUCAGUA